CCACAAACAAUUGAAAGCUUUUUGUUUGGUUGGAGGCGUAAUAAUCGUCUACAGGAGAUUGUUGAUUCUGUCGUGAGGAAACUUUAGUUGUCAGUCGAAUAUAGUAAACAUUCAAAAUAAGGAUCUUCGUCGUAGGAUUUGCGUCCCUGUGGGCGCAAUCAGCGCAGGAGUGCGAAAUGUCACUGCGUGCAAUUGCUCAUCGAGUGUUUCAAAAUGGUCGUAUACUUCUGCGAACAUUUAAGCCCCAGAGAAAUCCUAAAGACGUGGUGGACGGAGUCAAACUUAACAUUCUCCCGAGGGGAGCAGAGAUAGAAUCUAGUACAUCUGCAGUACAGUCGGCAGUUCGAAAUGUUGGCUUCCAAGUGCGUGUGCAUACCCGACGUCUAUUUGUUAACAACGUACUUCGGAGAGUUACAAAUUCUUUGUCUACCGAUUUACGUAAAAGGGCAGCCAAAAGAUUACUGUUCGGCGAUUCUGCUCCCUUUUUUGCUUUGGUUGGCGUGAGUUUGGCAUCAGGAACAGGAAUUUUGACGAAGGAUGAUGAACUGGAGGGCGUAUGCUGGGAAAUCAGAGAGGCAGUGUCUCGGCUGCAGUGGAACACUGCAAAGGCUGAGUGCAGUGAUACUGAGGUAACAGAUGAAGGACUCAAUUCCUUGGUUCUGGGACCACCCAUUGCAAAAGGGUGCAAUGCUGUUGUGUAUGCUGCUCGCAAGAAGCAAGAGUCAGAGAAGAACGUGGCUCAACGAAAAUUCGAACCAAACGUUAUGAUCGACACGACUGAGCAAGACCUGUCCAACUUCCCACUGGCCGUUAAGAUGAUGUUUAACUAUGAUGCAGAAUCAAAUGCAACGUCCAUCCUGCGAGCAAUGUACAGAGAGACUGUGCCAGCGUGGUGCUACUUUACCAGUGAGGAGCUGAGCGUCUGGGAGAAAAGCUUUUUGGAUCGAAAGAAAGUAUUGCCACCCCAUCCAAAUGUUGUGCAGAUGUACUGCGCAUUUGCCGACCACGUGCCUAUGUUGCCGGGGUCCCUGUGCCUGUACCCAGAUGCUCUCCCUGCUCGUAUCAACCCAGCAGGCUACGGGAGGAACAUGAGUCUGUUCCUGCUUAUGAAGAGGUAUGACACUAGUUUGAAGCAGUACAUCCAAGAGAAGCAGCUAAGCAUUCGAGUAGCCACCCUCCUCCUAGCUCAGCUGCUAGAGGGUAUCGCACACAUCAAUAUGAAUGGCAUCGCACAUCGGGAUCUGAAAAGUGAUAACAUCUUGCUUGACUUAUCUGAGGGAGAUGACUGUUGCCCUCUGCUGGUGGUGACAGACUUUGGGUGUUGCCUAGCUGACACGGUUCACGGUUUGUCAUUGCCAUAUCACUCCCCGGAUACUGAUAAAGGAGGCAACACUGCACUCAUGGCACCAGAGGUGUGUGGUGAGAGUUUAAACAGAUUUGGCCCUAUGCUUUUAAUGGAGGUAAACAGCAGGCCUGAAAAACAAAUUCAGGUAAAAGGCAUGCAAGAUGAGCUAAUGUUGAUACAGCAUCACGAAAACUGUAUUCAGAUCCUGCAAUGGCUGCUGUGCCUGACAACGAAGGUGCUGUGCGAAGGGCGGAAGCUCGGCACAGCGAUCAGUUCCAACUUCAAUGCGGGCGGGGCACAAGAGGGCUGUGUCAGCCCCCCACUAGGGAUUGGUAACCGACGCACGCUACCUGAAUACCUGCUGAUUGCUUCAUUUCUCAUGAGAGUAAAGUUGCAUCAAAUUCAGGUGGCCCUCAGCUGGAUUCAUAACACUUAGUAUUCUGGUCGGUUAGACUUCCUUCGUGAUGUGUAUAUUCAAUUGUAGCUUGAAGGAAGAUGGGUAAUCAGGAUCUUAGCAUAAUCAUAAUUAAAGUUACUGUCAUGGAAAGUGUAUUAGAUGUCAAAUACCAAUUAAAAUUUGUCUUAUAGCUAUUGU